GUUGCCCCUCGUUCCCCAAAGUUUCGCUGCCUCACAUGUUGACGGAGUGCACUGUUUUUAUAUCCUUUUUAUUCCGCGGAGGCGCCGAAGCUUGGUUUGUUACGCCACCGAGCCCCACAGCCCCCAGUUACGAACAGUUUCCUGCUGGCCAGGAGGCUGUAUGGGUUCUGAAGGAGGACGUGGGACACUAUUCCAAACACGAGUGGUGCUCAGCGUUGCAUGUGGCUUUUGUUUCGGUGGGAAGGUUCUGCAGUGUACCAGGCAGCGUAAACAAACAUGCCCAUAAGGCGUUUCGGAGGUCAUAGGUCAUUGGUCUCCCACGCUCCGAAGCUGUCGUAUGGUUAUUCCAAGAUGAACAUCUCCAGAGGUGGCUACCGUGUGUUCUCUGCCAACUCCACCGCCGCCUGCAUGGAGUUGGCCAAGACUAUCACAGAGCGUCUCGGAGUGGAGUUGGGCAAGUCGGUGGUGUAUCAGGAGGCGAACGCUGAGACCAGAGUUCAUGUGGAAGAGUCGGUCCGUGGACAAGACAUCUUCAUCAUUCAAACCAUUCCCAAAGAUGUCAACACAGCCAUCAUGGAGCUGCUCAUCAUGGCAUAUGCUCUGAAGACAUCUUGUGCCAACAACAUCAUUGGAGUCAUUCCGUACUUUCCCUACAGCAAACAGUGCAAGAUGAGGAAGAGAGGCUCCAUUGUCUGCAAGCUACUGGCCUCCAUGUUGGCCAAAGCUGGACUCACUCACAUCAUCACAAUGGACCUGCAUCAGAAGGAAGUUCAGGGCUUUUUUAGCUUCCCUGUUGACAACCUGCGAGCUUCGCCCUUCCUCAUCCAGUACAUCCAGGAUCAGAUACCUGACUACCGGAACGCUGUCAUUGUAGCCAAGUCACCAGCAGCUGCAAAGAGAGCUCAGUCCUACGCUGAGAGGCUGCGGCUGGGGUUGGCGGUUUUGCACGGCGAGGCCAAUCAUUCCGAGUCAGACAUGGCUGACGGAAGACAGUCCCCCCCACAAACCCGCACCACCACCGGACACACUGGCUUGGAGCUGCCCAUGAUGAUGGCGAAGGAGAAGCCACCGAUCACUGUGGUUGGGGACGUGGGAGGAAGAAUUGCCAUCAUUGUCGAUGACAUCAUCGAUGACGCAGAGGACUUCGUAGCUGCUGCAGAGAUCCUGAAAGAGCGAGGAGCGUACAAGAUCUACGUCAUGGCCACACAUGGGCUGCUGUCUGCUGAGGCCCCCCAGCUCAUAGAGGAGUCUGCCAUCGACGAGGUGGUGGUGACCAACACCGUCCCGCACGAGGUGCAGAAACUGCAGUGUCCCAAAAUCAAAACGGUGGACGUGAGCAUGAUCCUGGCCGAGGCCAUCCGCCGCAUCCACAACGGCGAGUCCAUGGCUUACCUCUUCCGCAACAUCACCGUGGACGACUGAGGCGACCCGCGCACCUGGUUCACACGUCGGUGGCACGUGACCAAGCACACAGAGGACCAAUGCUUGACCUUGUGUUUUAUCUUCAAGUCCAAUCAGUAACUGUUUACAAAGUCUUCUAAUCAAAGUAUUCUUGAUCUUGUAUAUGAUUUCAUUAAUUUACUCUGUUGGGGGAAUAAAGCCUGU